UUGCUGUACUGCCCUAAUACUAGUUGUACGACGAUAACCGUGUCUUGCAAGUUGUCUAGCAAACGAGUGUAGUAUAUUGCUGUAUGUAUUAUCAUAAUGAUAUUUCUCAUGUUAUGGCCGUAUACUGUGUGUUGUGUCAUAAUCUCUUUAUUAUUGGCUGCUUUUUUAAAUUGUAAAAAACCGACAAAUUUUCCUCCAGGACCGCGCUGGAUACCAUUCCUUGGAUGCACUUAUCAAUUAACGAAGCUUUCUUCGGCAUUGGGCGGACAGCAUAAAGCGUUGGAAAAUCUUCGUAAUCAAUACAAUUCUGACAUAAUAGGAUUAAAGUUAGGCCAUGAAAAUGUGGUAGUAGUCUAUGGAAAUAAUCUUAUUAAUGAAAUUUUACACGGGGAAGAGUUUCAAGGUCGUCCUAACAACUUCUUCAUACGACUUAGAACAAUGGGAAAACGUCUUGGUAUAACUAUGACUGACGGAGAAUUAUGGAAACUCCAUAAAGAGUUCGUUGUUAAAUGUCUCAAAAAUCUUAGUGAUGGUCAACACAAAACAGAUGCUCUCAUACGCGAAGAAUUUGAACAAAUGAAACGUGUUUUCUUAAAUGAAACAGGAAGUGUUAUACCUGGACCUUAUUUCCAGACUGCCGCAAUUAAUAUUCUGUGGCAGUUCACUGCAGGCACUAAGUUUAUUGACUCAAACAUAAUAUCUCUAAUGAGUAAACGAAGCGCAGCUUUUAACAUGACCGGGGGUCUUCUUAGUCAAAUUCCAUGGAUAAGAUGUAUAGCGCCCAAAAAGUCAGGUUUCAAACUUAUUAAGGAUAUUAAUCAACAACUAUUCUCGUUAAUUUCGAAAAUUAUCAAUGAACAUAAGCAAUCAUUAACAGAUAAUCCUAAAGAUUUCAUCGACAUGUAUCUUCUUAAGAUUAAAAAAGAAAAUAAUUCCAACACAACUUUUACAGGUAGCUAUAACGAACAGCUGAUAGCUACAUGUUUAGAUCUAUUCAUAGCUGGAUCUAAAACCACAAGUAGUACGCUUGAUUUUGCAAUACUAGCUAUGGCAAAGUGGCCAAGUAUUCAAGCCAAAGUUCAAGCCUAUUUAGACACGAUCAAACCACCUGGAACUUUUCUAUUAGCUGAAGAUAUUCUUGAGUGUAAAUAUUUACAAGCUGUCCUAAUAGAAUCAAAACGUUUAUCACACAUUACACCAUUAAUUGGGCCUAGAAGAGUAUUAAGAAAUACAAAACUUGACGGGUAUAACAUUCCUAAGGAUUCUACAGUUUUAAUGAGUUUAUAUUCAAUUCAUUAUGAUCCUUUAAAAUGGGAAAGUCCUGAAGAAUUUCGACCAGAAAGAUUCAUAGACGAGAAUGGCAAUCUCAAAAAAAAUAAUAAUUUGUAUUUUUUUGGACAUGGUAAACGGAGAUGUCCAGGCGAAUCUUUAGCUCAAAGAUUUAUACUCCUAAUGUUUGCAAAUCUCAUACACGAUUUUGAAAUAAAAAUGGAAGAGUUACCAAGUGGAUUAAAUUGUGGUAUACUCGUUACUUCAAAACCAUAUAAAGUAAAACUGUACAAAAGAAAAUAAAUAAACAGGUUCUUUAUAA